UUGGAGAAGCUGCAGCAGAUGAGGAUGGAGUGCUAGCAUCAAGAUGCCGCGAGAGCUGAUCUCAUAUAUUUUUGUUGGGCGCGCGAGGCAGGAGAGAGUGAAGUGCUUUUUCUGCUGUUAAAGGAUGCGGAGCUGAAGGUUUUAUGUUUGAAUGACAAGACUCUUCCGGCCGGCACCAUGGUUUUGACCGCAUUGACCCAGUUUAGCUGGAAGAUUGGUCCUCAUUGCAUUUCUCUGUGGACCAGGGACUUUAUGGAAUCAUCGAGGUUGCCAUGAGACACGAUCACAUAUGGGAUGCGUGGCGGUCGACAGUCCUAUGUUGCGCGUGGACUGGAGCGAAGCAAACUCUGUGUCUGACCUGGCGCUCUUGGGGAACACGCGGACCUGCUUGGCUCGCAGACACAUUCGCCACGCGCCCCUAGAGACACUGGACCACUACGAGGUAAAUGUUGAAGACACCGUUGAAAUGUUACCAAAAUCGAGAAGAGCACUUACCAUUCAAGAGAUUGCGGCGUUAGCCAGAUCUUCAUUACAUGGCAUCUCCCAGGCGAUGAAGGACCAUGUGACACGGCCCACAGGCAUGGCCCAGGGCAGGGUGGCCCACCUGAUAGAGUGGAAGGGCUGGUGUAAGCCCACUGACACCCCCGCAGCUCUUGAGUCUGACUUCAACAACUACUCUGACCUCACCGAGGGAGAACAGGAGGCCCGCUUCGCUGCAGGUGUGGCGGAGCAGUUUGCCAUAGCGGAGGCUAAGCUGAGAGCCUGGUCGUCUGUGGAUGGAGAUGACUCUAAUGACGACUCGUAUGAUGAGGACUUCAUUCCUGCCAACGAGCCCACAACACAAAGCACAGAGGUGCCUCCUUAUCUGAGGGACAUUCUUCAAAGUCAGGUGUGUCAGCACCUGGGUCUGCGGGGGCCGUGCUGUGAGGGGGCCGGAGGAGGAGAGGGGGGAGAGAGGCCCUCUCCCACCUCCACAGUCACCCCCUGCUCCAGCCUCUAUAGCCUGAAUGAGCAACACCCCUUACUGCGAGAUCUCACCCAUCACUGCUGCAACAACUACGGUAACACCGCCGAGCUGGCUGCCAAGAUCCUCUCGGCCCUGCAAGGGGGGGAGGAGCUGCUGUUGGCCCGCCUCCAGAGGGUGGGGCAGGGGGUUAGAGGGGGAGGGGACUUCAACAACCUGGAGGGUGGGAGGAGCCGGCCGGGGGGGGAGGAGUCACCUUGCUACUCUGUGACCUACUCCGAGACCUAUCUGUCGCCCGGGGAAGACGAAGGUACGCCCUGCAAAGACUAUGAGGGCACCGUGGGCCAUGGAGAAGGACAGCGCGAGGUGUACCCACCUGACUAUGCCACCCACAGGAAGGUCUCAGAUGUAGCCUCCUCCGGGGUGGUGUCUCUGGACGAGGAUGAUGAAGAGGAGGAAAAGGAGGAGGAGGAUAGGGGGAGAGAGCAGAGAAACCAAUGACUGCCCUGUCAUUGAUUUUUGUUUCAUCAGUUGUUCAUCUCUCCGUCCCUCCCAUGGCCUCUGACAUGUCUAAACCUGUCUGCAUGUUUUUUUCAUGACUUGAACUCUUACUGCAGUGUAACCUCUCUGUCUUGGCGUCAUCGCAUCAUGUCGAUCCCCUACCCGCCUGCCCCCUUGACCAUUUGAUAUGUAUCAAUAUAUUUUUGUCUUGAGGCGUCCAAACAAUCUUUUCUAUCAAUGUGAAGCAGGAGAGCAGGACUGGCUGUCACAGGUAACAAGCCCAACGAUUGGUCUGUGGUUUCAGGAAGGAGCUCACGGAUUGGCCAGUGGGGUUCAGUGCUCCAGCCACCCACAACAAGAAAGCGAGUGAUUGCUAAAAAAUUAAAGGGACACAACUGACAGGAAAAAGACUGAACCUUAAAACUCUGAAAUAUCUCUGCAUGUGUUUGCAAGUGCUGAACUGAACUUGUGUGCUGACCUGGUCUUGAGCACGUCGGUUCUGUAGUUUGGGCUGUUCUGUAUAACCCCUCCCUUCCUCUGCCCCCAACCAGAUACAGUAUAUCCCAUUGGUGGACAGGUUCCACUGCAUCCUGAAACCUGAAGCCCUUCCUCUCCUUUGCAAGAGAUGUUGGACACGUUCCUCUGCCCAAGCGUUGCUGACGCAUGCCAGAUCUUACAAUGCCUGGAUAGGUAUUUUACGUAUCAGCUAACCACAUAUGAUCCACCAAUCUGGUGCCCGACAGCACAGUCGAUGACGUGGCACGCAACCAUUGGAUGAUGCAUGCAAUGUCUGAGAAGGGGAGCGCUACCCCCUAGCAUCCUUCUGGGCAUGGCUUGCUGAGUAUGCCAAACUACCGUAUGUAACCUGUCACCAACAGUUAUGAGCAAAUGCUGGAAUGUCUUAAAAGUGACAGGAAAUAUGUAUUUUAAAAACAAAAAAAUAUUUGUCACAAAUGAUGACAGAAAUGAUAUGCUUUUAUUGUACUAGUUUUCUAUCAUUCAACAUGUUAUUAUAAUUAUUCUGAAUAUCAUUAUGACUAACCGUCAUAAUGACAUACUAUAGCUACCAUAUUUUGUUUUUGGUUCUAUGGUUUCCUAUAUGGAAUUCUUAAGACCAAUGUUUCUCUUAAAAAACAACGAAGACAAAAACACAAAUAGAAUGUUCCAGAAGUGACCCUUUGAUGAAAGAGAUGCUGUUUGGUGGAGAAAUUGUUGUACAGAAACCUAGUUUCAGUGAAGAGGUGUUGCGUUGCAUUGGAGAUUUUCUAUAUUUUUGUAUGCAUUGUCUUGCUUUAAUCCUUGCCUAUGCGGCGUGCCAGUGUAUGUGGUUUUUGCACGAAGCUAACGUGGCUGUAGAUUUCUCCUUUCUUUGUUAUCACUGUGUGAUAUAGUAUACCGGGAAAAAAAUACAAUUAUGAUCAAAAAAAGGUUUAUUUAAUUUUGAAAGAGGAUACUGUGAUACGGUUUGUUAUUGUCAUGAUCCUCAAUGGGAAAAGUUUCCUUUUCUUUGCAAUUAUAUCGGACUUCUUUCUUUCCUGUUCAUAGAUGCUCCUAAAGCAAAAUUCCAAGUUAAUUCUCUUUCCAUUCUUUUUCAAAGGAGGUCAGGAAAAGGGCAUUUUUUGUAAAUAUAUCGAAAUCAUUCCAUUGGCAUGGUGAUCUGAGGAACCUUAAAUUGGUUCGGUCAGAGGGACUGUCACUCAUACAACUCAGGAAGUCCCAUUGGUUCAGAGCGUCAGUAUAUCCCGCCCCUACACAAUGAGCCACUGUUCACUCAUCCUCUUUCUCAGCGAGCGUGUGUGUGUGUUGGGAAAUGUAUUCACGAUUAAAUCACAGAAUUAGUGUUCAGCUCACCUCUUCAACCCUUUACUGAUUGUUCAUGAAAGCCCUUGUGUGUGCGUGUGCGGUAAAAUAUUACAGUCAACUAGCUUGCAUUUGUGCGUCCGCUCCAAAAACCCCUAAUGCAACGAUUCCCUUUUAAACAGUGUUUUAGUAUACCAAUGUUCUGACUGAAGAUCAAAGGCUUGGCCUACAUGAUGCUUUUGGAAAGGACAUUAACAGACCAAUCACCGUUCUCCCUUUUUGGAAACUAAAAAUGUGUUUUAGACUUUCUGCCAGAGAGAUGAUUAAAAGUAGAGGUGGUGUCAUACAUUUUAGCAACAUGUUUUGAAAUGUAACAACUGAAUUAUUUGAUGAUGACACUAACAACUGGUGGAUUGAAUGAGUCUGAAACACACAUUCAACUCAGGGGAAACCAUUACGGCUGUGCCUUCAUUUAUAAACUUUGACCUCUGAUUGGUCAUACGGUCAGGUCAGUUCCAUUCAUUCUGUCCAAUGACAAAUGCUAACCCACCAUUGAGCCAUAGAUCCGCUUGACAUCCACAACAUGCGGACAUUUAUAUUAUGGUCCUACACAGAACUAUUCACAAUGUAGAAAGACACUUUGACAGCUGGGUGUUUUUUCUAGAAUGCAUCUUGUAAUGCUUUCUGAUUCUAAUGCAGUGUUUUCUGCAUCCAUUUAUCAUGGUUGAUUAGACUGUUUGGAGUACGAGUUUCUUACUUAGUGGUCUGCUCACUGUUCUUUUAAGUUUGAGUUGCAAAUGUUUAUCUUUCUGCCUCUACAGCUGUACGAAGUUGCUCAUAUGGUAUUGGACCUCCUCUUUGACAAGGUCAAGGGUUAAAAGUCAAACUGGAGUUGUGUAAGGUUAGAUCCUGUUCCAUCUGUUUCCAGCUUGUCCUGGUGUUUAGAGGAUUGGAGGGUUUGAGUAUUGUCUAUUUGGAGGGAUACUGCGUCAUUGUCCUUUCACUGACAUUACAGAGAGGGGAUGUUUGCGUCCGGGGCAAGGUUGUGAUUUUGUCCUGAUGCAACGACGUGUGUUGCAUUGUUUUCUGUCCCCCCCAGUCUGGCUGCAUUGCGCACUCACUGAACGUGUCCCCCUGGUGGUGUGUGACUGGCACCUUGGUUCCGGGCAUCUCAUUCACACACAACUGUCACACACACUCUCCCUCUGUCUCCAUCUGUCUAAUUUUCUCUCCCCUUUCUCAUCCCCUUCUCCUUUCUGUCUCUGUCCCUUUGUCUCCUGCAUCUCCUGUCUCCCACUUUCACCCUCAGGCUGUUUCCAUCUCCUUCUAUCCCUCCUUCUCUCUCUUCCUCCCUCCCCCUAUCCUUAUUCACAGGAGCCCUCUCUUAUGUAACUGGGGGACGGCAGGGCUGAGUGCUACCUUUGCCGACAGGCAUUUAGCCAGCGAUUAUGAAAAACAACUGACGGACACGUAGAGCAAUGGGAGAUGUAUCUCUCUUUAUUUUAUCCUCUCCUGCUAUAUGUCUCUUUAUCGUUCCUGUCUCUCCUUCUGUCCUAAUACUAGUCUUUUGAGGUUAACUGCCCCAAAAAGCUGAUGGUGGUUGCUGUAAGAGGCGGGUGAUAUAACGGGGUGGCGCCACUGUCCUGUGAUUGAAUGAAUGUCCUAUGAUUUAUACUGCGUCAGCCAAUGGGAAUGAGUGUCCCUUAGUGUGGCACAGAUGGAUUUAAAGGGAGGUGUGUGUGUGUGUGUGUGUGUGUGUGUGUGUGUGUGUGUGUGUGUGUGUGUGUGUGUGUGUGUGUGUGUGUGUGUGUGUGUGUGUGUGUGUGUGUGUGUGUGUGUGUGUGUGUGUGUGUGUGUGUGUGUGUGUGUGUGUGUGUGUGUGUGUGUGAGAGAUUGGAGAGAGUGGCAACAUGUUCUGUGGGUGGCCUGUUGCUCUAGGCCAGUACUGACAUUGGGCACUAAUCACAGACUUUGUGUGUGAUAGACAUGGCCAGUGGCGAGUGGGAGGAGGCGAUACACUAAGUUAACAUUUUAUUCUAAAAUCAGGGGUAUUAAUAUAGAGUUGGCCCCCCCUUUGAUGUUAUAACAGCCUCCACUCUUCUGGGAAGGCUUUCCACAAGAUGUUGAACAUUGCUGCGGGGACUUGCUUCCAUUCAGCCACAAGCAUUAGUGAGGUCGGGCACUGAUGUUGGGCGAUUAGGCCUGGCUCGCAGUUGGCGUUCCAAUUCAUCCCAAAGGUGUUCGAUGUUGUUGAGGUCAGGGCUCUGUGCAGGCCAGUCAAGUUCUGCCACACCGAUCUCAACAAAUCAUUUAUGUAUGGAAACAAGAAAGGGCCUUCCCCAAACUGUUGCACAAAGUUGGAAGCGCAGGAUCGUCUAGAAUUCCAUGGCAUGCUGUUGUGUUAAGAUUUAACUUCACUGGAAGUAAAGGGCCUAGCCCGAAAGAUGAAAAACAGCCCCAGACCAUUACUGUUCCUCCACCAAACUUUAUAGCUGGCACUAUGCAUUCGGGCAGGUAGAGUUUACAACCCAUUUCAUUAAGCUCCAUAGGCAGUUUGGAGCUUGGUAGUUAGUGUUGCAACCAAGCUCUGUGAGCUUGUGUGGCCUACGACUUUGCGGCUGAACCGUUGUUGCUCCUAGACGUUUCCACUUCACAUUACCAGCAGUUACAGUUGACCAGGGCAGCUCUAGCAGGGCAGAAAUUUGACGAACUGACUUGCUGGAAAGGUGGCAUCCUGUUGAACAUCUAGAUACUCCAGGCCCUCUGUUGAACAUCUAGAUACUCCAGGCCCUCUGUUGAACAUCUAGACACUACUGGCCCUCUGUUGAACAUCUAGACACUACUGGCCCUCUGUUGAACAUCUAGAUACUCCAGGCCCUCUGUUGAACAUCUAGAUUCUCCAGGCCCUCUGUUGAACAUCUACAUAUUCCAGGCCCUCUGCUGAACAUCUAGACACUACUGGCCCUCUGUUGAACAUGUAGACACUACUGGCCCUCUGUUGAACAUCUAGACACUACUGGCCCUCUGUUGAACAUCUAGACACUACUGGCCCUCUGUUGAACAUCUAGAUACUACUGGCCCUCUGUUUAACAUCUA